AUGACUUCCACAGAAAACAUCCAAAAGGUCCCCGCCAUCAAGUCGACCAUGCACCCCAUCCUCAAGAAGCUCGCCCACGACCCACAAUCAUUCACCACCGAAGACGCUACCAUCGCCACAAAAGAGAUCAUGGAAGGGCGUGCCACCCACGCCCAGAUUGGCGCCUACCUCUUUGGCCUCAAACUCAACAAGCUCGAUGCUGAACCCGCCAUCGUCGCCUCUUGCGCAAUCGAAAUGAGCAACCACGGCCUGCCCAUUCCCUUUGACAACUACUCGCAUCUCCCCGAACAGCUGGUCGAUAUUGUCGGAACUGGAGGAGAUGGACAUGAUACCUUCAACGUCAGCACCACAGCCGCCAUCGUCGCUGCCGGAGCUGGAGUCAAGGUUGCAAAGCACGGUAACAGAGCAGCUUCGUCUGCUUGUGGAUCGGCCGACAUUCUGGAAAAGAUUGGCUGCAGGAUUGACAAUGUCAAGCCAGAAAAGGUUGCAACCCUGUUGGAGGACCAUGGAUUCUGCUUCCUCUUUGCGCAGACCUACCACCCCGCCAUGAAGAACACUAGCAUCCCCCGCAAGGAAUUAGGCGUCCCCUCCAUCUUCAACCUCAUGGGUCCCCUCAGCAACCCUGCCAAGCCCAGGAGAGUCGUCGUCGGUGUCCACUCCAGAGGGCUCGGAGCUCUUAUGAUCCAGAGUUUGAAGUUGAUGGGUUUGAUUGCUGGUAUGGUCGUCUGUGGCGCCAAUGGAUUAGACGAGAUCAGCCCCGAGGGCGAGACUCAUGUCUGGAAGUUGGUUGACGGAGAAAUCAUCGAAGAGGACAUCUCACCCGCCCAGUUCGGUCUUCCCUCCCACCCAUUGACAGCCGUCAAGGGAGGCGGGCCCGAAGAGAACGCUGCUAUCCUCGACGACUUGCUCAACAACAAGUUCAAGUCCCCUGGUCACCCCAUUCUUGACUUUGUCCUCCUCAACGCCGCUGCACUCUUGGUCGUUGCUGGCAAGGCUGAUAACUUUGAGGAUGCCGUUGUCCUCGCAAGAGAGUCUGUCGAGAGUGGGAAAGCUCGCUUGGCCUUGGAGGGAUUCAGGCGCGAUAUUCAAUAA